UCGCGAAGCACAACAGACGACGUUCGUUCGCGCGAGUGGUGCGAUCUGCUCGUGUCCUAGGACGGUCGGUCGAUCGGACACGCGUUUUCUCUACUCUACCUGUCGAAAGUUAGUGGCCUCGUCGUUCUUCGCGCCACGUUCGCGAUCCUUAAUCGUGGGAUAUUUGAUAUACGAUCUCCGAAAUACAAUAAAAAGGAAGUUGAAUAUAAAAUAGGAAAAAAGAGGAAGAAAGAUAGAAAGAGAGAGAGACAGAAAGAGAGAGAGAGAGAAAGAGAGUGAAAGAGAAAAAGAGAGAGAGAGAAAGAGAGAGAGAGAAAGAGAAAGAGAGAGAGACGUUAUUAAGCGGAUUUUUUUCCCAACGGGACGUUGCGUCUCGAGAGGAAUCUUUUAACCGUCAUCGGUGUUGGGUCGCGACCGCGACCCAAAACAUCAUCAGAGUAAUUCUAAACUACAGAAUCACCACGCAUUCAUUGUUCGAUCAGUAAACUUGUUUAGAAUCUUGAUCGUGUGCGCACGAGUAAAACUAACGAGUACAACUCCCGAAGCUACUACUACUACUUUUUAUGAGAGGAGAACAACUUUGGUAUUCAUAACGGUUCCAUUACUCAUAUUCGUGGCGUGGGGCACGGCCGUAAUGGAAUUACAGAGCUGGUUACUCUACCAUCUCGUAGCUGUAACCGACUGCAAUCAAGUUAAAUUUAUCUGAGUUCGGCCAACGUUCACAAGUCCACUGGCAUUUUUUCUUUUUUGUUAUUUAAUUUCCAAUCCCGUUAUCGUCAAGAGGAAAUAGCGGUUUACCAAUGUUUGAUGGUGAACCGUGAGAAGUUAAUGACAAUCUUAACGGAACUUAACGUGAUGCAGUCGGCAGCUACAAUCGGUGGUGGUGGAACUUAUCCUGCCGGAGGCACCGGAAGUCGUGCUCGAGACUUGGGUCUUCGUGCUCAGAAGAAGCUAUUGGGACGAGUGGUCUCCACUGGUGCUGGAAGGUCUCUUCUAAUAGAUGACGCGACCACUUCACUCUUGGACAAUCUUUACAAGCUGAUGGAAAGGGCGACGAAGAACAAUCCAUCCUUAGAUAAAAAACAACCGGAGAAAGUUCUCAAGAAUAUUGUUAAAUUGUCCAUCAAGGUUGGGCUGUUGCAACGUAAUCAACAACUCGGUCCAACGGAUGAUGCAAAACUUGUUGAGAUCAGGACAGCUUUGAGAGCAGUAGCGAUGGCUGUGGUCUCCUUCUACGAACUCGAAUUCAGUUUCGACAAAGCGUACUUAACUCGAUCCCUCGAGCGUUGUCGAUCAGCGAUACAAGGUCUGAUAAAGCCUCACUUGACGGACAAGUCUCAGGAUCGAUGCGACCAGGUCUUCGAUUUUCUAAGAAAUCCCGAAUUUUUAGAUUCGGUGUUUAGGCAAGAUUCUGAACACAGACCAAUCCUCGGGAUGCUAGUCAGUGAUAUAAACAAAGCCUUAGAUGCUGGACAUCUUUGACUUCUUGUAGAUUCCAUUGUGCUCGAUCGAUAUUAAUGAAAUGCCAAGAAAGGACAACGAUCGAUGGAUGGAUGAAUAUCGAUUAUUGUUCGAUCUUUGCAUGGAACCAUCAAAGAGGGUUCAUUAGAAAUUUUCAUAAGUGUUCACUCUCUGCCCAUACGCGUGCGUCGAUCUUUUUAACGAUAUUUUCAUAGAAUUUACGCACGAACGUACGUACGCACAUUAGCCGAUUUUGUUUAAUGCAACGAUCAUUGAAAAAAAAAAAAAAAAAAAACAAUAUACAUUUUUCGUAUACAUACGUAUUUUAUAUGUAUACGUGAACGUCGCUAGUUACACGAUUGAUGAACGUAUUUAUUGAUUUAUGCAAUAAUCGUUCAAUACUCUGCUUAAUUUAAGAAUGUCGGCAUAUAUUGUGUAAACGAAUUAUAUUUAUUCGCGCGCCUAAUUGCUAGGAAUUAUUAAUAAGUAAUUGACAUCUCCCGUGGAAGUACGAAUUUCGACGAUCUUGACGGAUGUUCAAAAGAGAUCCUUGGAAUGUAAAAUGGAAUCGUCUCACACGUAAUGCACGUUAAAAAAAAAAAAAAAGAAUAGGAAGAAGAAAAAGAAAAGAAAGGAAAAGAAAAAAAAAA